CGCUCGAUGGGACCAGGCCGCUCUGUGCGUGAGCAACUCCAGGGCGGCAGCUCAACCCCGGCGACUGCUCAGCCGGCAUUUCCACUCGGCCUUGGCCAAACCACGUGGCGCCUACGGCUCGACUCGUUCAUCCUGUGGUGAAGAUCACGGUCAGUUGUCCAAACGCGGGCGAGCCAGUUCCCAGCGAGGACGUUACCAAGACUCACGUUCUGCCUCGCCGGCCGUCGACGCGCAGCGGCACGAGAAGCGAGGUGCCGACCGCGGUGCGCGGAGUGGGCCGACUCGCGCGGGGGCUGAGCCACGGCCAGGAGCGGGAGAUGGGGCUGGCUUGGGACACGUAUCUCGCUCAGAUACACGCGCGCCGCGGCUUGGCGUCGCGGCCGGAGUUCGACCUCCGGCGCAUCGUCACGGCGCUCACGCCGGGGCGGAGUGAGGACGCGUCCCGAGUCGUGGACGGCUACUUGACGAGCGUGCCCGCCACUGACGCUGCCGUCGCCAGGAGUCUGAGCGGAAGGCCACUCGGCGCUCUGCUGUUUGGAGGGGACCUCACCGCCGACCAUCGUCACCCAGGCUUUCAGGGACUCGAGCGUGGACAGGUAGUGUUCUGGUGCGGAAUGGAGCGCGAGCAAAAUGGGUUUAGCACUCCGGGCAGCCAUCCCGGCGCCAGCGAACCGCACGGGCCGCGACAGCCGGGAUCGACGAAUUCCGGCUCGCGGCCUGCACCCGACGCGACGUCGCCCUGGCAAGCAGAAGAGCAGGAUGCGUGGCUGGAGGAGACGGCGCUGGCCCUGAGCGGCACACGAGCACGGUUGGUGAUGGCUCGUGGGGAGGUCUGCCCGCGGCUCGCCGAGCGCGGCAACAACCUCGGCAUCGUCUUCCUGCCUCGAGUGCCGUCGGCCGUGCUGCGCGCCGUGUCCCAGGCGAGCGGCGCCAAGAUACUCGCCUACCCAUGCCAGGCCGGCGCCUCCCACGCGGCCACCCUUUCUCUGGAAUUGAUCGACGAGGAGCUGGAUGCGGCCGUCCCGACCGUUCGCCGCGCUGGUGCCAGUCGCAGCGGCGAUGGCGGCACGAGAGUGAUCGUGAAGACUGCGGCGGUGCAGUCGGUGGUAUUGUGCGGCCGCGUGCCCUGCCGUCUGCCUGUGAUGGAAUCGCGGUUCUGGGCAUGCGCGCGUCGGCUGAGUGGCGCCAUAAACGAUGGUCGGGUUCUACCGGGCGCCGGCGUUUCCGAGCUGCACUGCGUGCGCAUCCUACAGGACAUGGCCUCCAGGGCGCAAUCGUCGGCCCCGGGCUCGGGGGCCGAUGCCGCCGCGAGCCAGCAGCCGCACGACUUUUGGGGAGUGCAUCAUUUCAGCAGCAUUGGUUCAAGACGAGCAGACCUCUGGGCCGUCGUCGACACGGAGUCUCUCGUCAGCAGUCGGAUGACAUCGAGGCGUGUUCCGAGUGUCGCCGAGGCUGCUGGUGCCUGACCCGACCCACAGGGGGCGACGCCAGACACCGUCUCCAGCCGAGCCACCGUCUCCUGCCCGAGCCAGCACAGCGCAAAAUACACCCGCGCAUGAAUGGACGCCUCUUUCCCAUAUCCGUCCCUCCACGCAAGAACAAUACAAGUCGUGUUUUACACAUCCCAUCAGCCGUACGACCUUCUGGGAGUACGUAAUUUCAGCAGCAUUGGUUCAUCACAAGGAACACUGUGUACUGGUUUAGACAUGCGGUGUCUUGUCAGCAGAAUCCAGCUUGCUUGAAGCAAUGCUGGUGAACUGCCAGAUGUUGAUGUGAGGACCCCCCUUCCCUGUGAGACGUGAAGACCACGCUUCAUGUCAGCUUGCUGCACAGGCCCUAAAUGCCAACCGGCCAGCAAAAAAAGAUACUAUCAAAGUUGCAUCUUGACUUAAAGCUUUCGUGACUGCAGGAAUUCAUAUUCUUUGGAUCUUUCGGUAAAGUCACGUAGAUAGGUUCAAAGAAAAUAACCAAAAAAAACUACGACGUUUCGAUCGCAACACAAGCGCUCGACAUCUUCACCAACGGUUUUGUUUAUUAUUUUUUGUUAUUUUCAUUGAACCUAUCUACGUUACUUUACCGAAAAACCCAAAGAAUAUCAAAGUUGCAUUAGAUAAGAGUGUAACACGUUGCUUUAAUUGAGUGAGGUUAUUAUAAGAACUUGGGGAAAAGAGACAACGGUGGCAGAGGCAGCAGUGCGAGGGAAGAAGCAGAGAGAGACCCGAGGUGACCCGCAGGGUGGUGGGUGGGUGAGCGAGUGGGUGAUUGAGCGAGUGGGUGAGUGAGCGAGUGGGUGAGUGGGCGAGUGAGCGAGUGGUUGAGUGAGCGAGUGGUUGAGUGAGCGAGUGGGUGAGUGAGCGAGUGGUUGAGUGAGCGAGUGGUUGAG